AAUAGGCGGGUGAAGCUUCGAUGCUUUCUUUUCACUUUCCACUACCAAAAAAAGAUGUGAAGCUUCGAGGCUUCAAACACAGCCAGAACGGCGAUUGGUGGCACAUAAAAUUUACAGUAGCCCUUCAAGCGGCUGGAGCUGCAUAUGCAGUCAAGAGAGGGAACAUGAACCGUGCUGUAAUCUGUUAUUUCGGAGAGGGAGCAGCCAGCCAAGGAGACGUGCCAAGAAUUGGCCACCACAGCACCAGUGACGACAGCUCAGCUUACUGUUCGGUGGAUGAGGUGAACUACUGGGAUAAGCAGGACCAUCCCAUCUCAAGACUGAGACAUUACAUGACGGCCUAUGAUUUUUUUUUUUAGAUUUACUGUCAGUAGUGAAGCUCCUAUGUACGUGCUUAAAAUCACACUUCUUUUCACAGUAAUUUAAAGGUCAUCAAUGUUCUUGUGCAGCAAAAACCUGCUGGUGCAGUUUGAAUACAUUAUGCCUACAGACGUAACACACAAAUCAAGCAAUAAAUGGUGGAAGUUUACCCCUGUUGUGUAUGUUCCCUCUGUUGUAACUGUCCUCUUCAGUGAUUAUUGGAUUUAACAGGUUUCCUUGUGUAUCAUUGGGGUGACUGAUUUAACUUGUGUUAAAGAACCUAUUUUGAU